UUUAGCGUUGAACAUUUGGCUUUCAGGUUUGUCUUAUUUCUUGUGUUAUCAUAUUCCUCGGACCCUACUCCGAGAUCUCCAAUCCCCUCCACUCUUGGAGCGGGUGGACCAAUCAGAGAGCAUCUUGAAUAAAUAUUCAUGAUUCCCCGAUUCAAACGUUUGAGCGAGUUUGUGUAGAUCCGCCGCAUCACACCUAGACUUUUCAGAGAGACAAACUACAUUUUCUUAUGAAUGGAAAGUGAAAAAAUCAGUUGAGCUUAAAUUGGGAUCCAUCCUUCACUGAGAUAGAAGAAAACAAAAAAGGCAGGAGAAGGGAGAUUCGCACUGAAGACAUGACAAUGACCACAAUACCAGAGAGUCUAAACAGCCCAGUCUCAGGAAAGAGCGUUUUCAUGGAAUUUGGGCCACCGAGUCAACAAAUGUCGCCUUCAUCUAUGUCUCACGGACAUUAUUCAAUGCACUGUUUACAUUCAGCCGGUCAUCCUCAGCACGACAGCUCGUACAGUCCUGCUCCGUCUUUCCCCAGAUCUCUGGCUUAUCCAUAUGUCAACUCAGUCGGUAGUCAUUCCUCAAGUCCAUAUCUCAAUAGCGUUCAGACUUACCAAAACAGCACGGCGUUAACGCAGACGCGGUUAGAAGAUGCAGCACCAGAGACGGAGAAAAGCACGGUGGUGGAAGGAGGAGAAGUUCGGUUCAACGGGAAGGGGAAAAAAAUACGCAAACCUCGGACUAUAUACUCCAGUCUCCAGCUGCAAGCGCUGAACCGCAGAUUUCAGCAGACGCAAUAUCUGGCGCUGCCGGAGAGAGCAGAACUGGCCGCGUCUCUGGGGCUCACACAAACCCAGGUCAAGAUCUGGUUUCAGAACAAACGGUCCAAGUUUAAGAAGUUGAUGAAACAAGGCGGAGGAAGCAUAGACGCGAGCGCACUGGCCAAUGGCCGCGGACUGAGCGCCGGUUCGCCCUCCGUAGCGCCCGUAUGGAACUCAUCCGCAAGCGUUAAAACCUCCGUCGGCACACCGAGCUCGUACAUCCCGAGCUACACCUCUUGGUACCCCAGCACGCACCAGGACUCUAUGCAGCAGCCGCAGCUCAUGUGAAGGCAGUGCUUAGCGGACCCCGCCCCUCUUCCUUCGCGGAGGACCCGGAUGAGGGGAGCAAGCGACCCUGCCGCCUGGCUCUCCGGCCCUCAGCCCAUACAGUACAGACUGCGAUCAUACACUGAGAUCACACCGGAGCACACCGCACAAGCACACCGAGACACCGGCAACAACAGCCCGGAGGCCGAGACACUGAAAAAGAAGCUUCUGCGGCGGAGGAUCAAGUUUUCCUCCUUUACUUUCAGAGCGGAUUUCCCAGAGAUGUUGGGUCAAAUGAAGCUGCUCCUUCCUGAUGUUUAAUUUUUUACCUGGCAUUUUACUGUGUGUAAAACAUUAUACAAAGCUGUAACAAAAAAAAUGAAUCAUUUUUUUUCUGAAUGGCAUUUCUGCCAGGAAGAAGGAACAAACGCUUUUAUUUGGCAUGAUUUACUUAAAAGCAACUAUCUGCCUUUUUACAGCCGACAGUUGUUAAUAACCACACACACACACACACACACACACACACACACACACACACACACACACACACACACGCACGCACACCAUAUCUUACAUAGAAUAUAUUUUCUACAGAGAAGGGUGAAUGGGUUGUGCUGUACCAGGCUCUGAGCAUUUGGAAUAGUAGAAGGUAAAAUCAUGCGAAGAGCCUGGAUUUCCUGAUUCCAAAGAACAAAUCUUUAUAGGCUAAUUUAAGUCAUUUUGGCUGUGUGGAGCUUCUUUGUGUGUUUAUUUAAAGUAACUUAUUUAGAUUUCGUUUAUGUCCGUUUGUAUGUUUAUUUAAAAUGAAUGUUCUUUAAAAGAUGUGGCUGCACUAAAGUGAGCAACACUUCACUUUGAUUUGAGAUGAAUUUGUUAAGCCGAGUGCUUGUCGGUCUAAGAGCAUCCCCGCGGACACAAAGCAACAGAAGUGUUAAGAGAUUAUGUACAGAAAAUAAAGCCAUUUUUAGAUUGUGCUGUUAAUGAUGUGAAAAGGAUUUCGACCCGAGUAUGUUUAUUAACAAAUUAAUGUGUUUAGCGUUCUAUAUGGCAAAAUAGUUUUAUAUUGGUUCAAUUAAUUUAUUGUUUUGUUUAUUUUUUUGUUUGUAUUUUGAAUUCGUGUACAAUGUGUAAACUCUGACAGUAAAAUUCAC